GUACUGCUGAGAGUUCCGUUAGCCAUAUAAUAGUAUUACACAUAUGUAGUAUUACAUAUAUGCUGCAUAUUAUCGGUAUGACAGAUUUCCUAAUCUAACGCACCGUUAACUUUGUCGGCUAAUAUCUCGCUACCGGCGCAGAACGACGAUUUUGUCAAAUAAAAAAGUUGUUUCUCGUGCAAAAACGCGUCGAUUGAGCCUACUUUCAUCAAAAUCGGAGGUUAUCGAAUUUAGCACGAUAAUAUAGAGAACUUAUUCCUUGUGCGUCAUCAUCCAGUCUGUGUUACUUACUGUGUGAAUUAGCAACUGCAUAAAACUUAAAAUAAUAUUAUCAUUGUUGUCACGAACAAAAUAUUUUCAAUAUGAUGCUCAAAAAAGUAAAUGUUCAAUCCCAGAAUGUGUUUAAAUAUGAUGCGACCAUUCUCAGCAGCUGCUGAGACGAUUAAAGGAUUUAAUUUAGAAUUAUCUGAUACUCAAAAAGAAAUUCAAGAACUAGCACGAAAGUUCUGCAGAGAAGAGAUCCUGCCGUCAGCUGCAGAAUAUGAUAAAAGCGGAAAAUAUCCAUGGGAUAUUAUCAAAAAAGCAUGGAACAUUGGUAUUUUGAAUCCACAUAUUCCACAACAUUGUGGUGGUCUUGAAAAUGGUGUUUUUAAUGGUUGCUUGUUGGUAGAAGAGUUUGGAUAUGGUUGUACAGGAAUAGGAACUGCAAUAGCUACAACAAAUCUUGGACAAACUCCUGUUAUCAUAGCUGGAAAUAAAGAACAACAAAAGAAAUAUCUUGGAAGAUUAAUAGAAGAACCACAUGUUGCGGCAUAUUGUGUCACUGAGCCUGGUGCAGGAUCUGAUGUAGCGGGUAUUAAAACUAAAGCUGAAAAGAAAGGAAAGGAGUGGAUAAUCAAUGGGACAAAGAUGUGGAUUACGAAUGGUGGUGUUGCUAACUGGUACUUUGUUCUGGCAAGAACAAAUCCUGAUCCAAAAGCACCAGCUAGUAAGGCUUUCACAGGUUUCAUUGUGGAUCGUGAUACCCCUGGUGUGACUCCUGGCCGUAAGGAAUUAAAUAUGGGACAACGAGCAUCUGAUACACGGAUGAUAACAUUUGAAGACGUUCGCGUUCCUGAAGAGAACGUGUUGAUUGGAGAAGGACAAGGCUUCCCUAUAGCUAUGAAAACUUUCGACAGGACACGACCAAGUGUUGCUGCAAUGGCAGUUGGCUUAGCUCAAAGAGCUCUAGACGAAGCAACAAAGUAUGCAAUGGAGCGCAAAACUUUUGGCAGAUCGAUAGCAGAGCAUCAAGCAGUGGCAUUUAUGAUAGCCGAUAUGGUUAUUGGCGUCGAAACUGCUAGAAUGGCAACACUGAGAGCAGCUUGGGCCACCGAUGAAGGGCUACCGAAUGCCACUCCGCUUGCUAGUGUUGCAAAAUGUUAUGCUGCUGAUGUAGCUAAUAAAUGUGCUACUGAUGCUGUGCAGGUUUAUGGUGGCGCCGGUUUUAAUACUGAAUAUCCAGUGGAGAAACUCAUGCGCGAUGCUAAAAUCUUCCAAAUAUACGAAGGCACCGCACAAAUUCAGAGAUUGAUCAUAUCACGCGCCUUCUUUAGUCAAGCUAAACAACAAAAUAAUUAAAGAGAGAAACGUGUGUCAAAUUGAUUUAUAAUUUGUACAAUCACGAUUUAUAUAACUACAAAUUGUUUAUUGCCGCAAAUAUCAGUAUCAAAUAUGCAAAGUGCCUUAUAACAAUCAGCUAAAGAUUAGUAUAUUAUGGAUCAAAGUAUGGAAGCAUCUAUCUCCUCUUUUGCAUAUAUAAAUAAAUUUUCUAGUGUAUUUUAUGAAAGAAAUUCGACCAAUAAGAAAUAUUUAUUAUUAUUGUGAUAUAUACAUUGGAUGUUAUGAAAAAACCAAUGGUAUAAUUAAUAUAUUAUUAUAGUAUAUUAGUAUUAUUAUAGUAAUUAUUAUAAGACACAUUGUAUAUAUCUUUUAUAUACUCAAUAAUAUACAGAGAAGGGACAUAAUUUUUAUAUUUCAAGAUAUACAAAAUGUAUCUUUUAUAUAAAUGUUGAUAUAUAUACCAAUAUAUUUUUUGUAUACUUACGAGAUUUAUAAAUGUAAAGACUGUAUAACAAUAAUACAAACUGUUGGAAGAGAUA